AUGGGCCACUUUGGAAUAUCAUUAUGGGGUUGGUUGAUUAUUGGUGACUACAACAAUAUUCUUAAAUUUGAUGAGAAAUGUAAUGAGACGGAUGUUACCCCUUAUGAAAUUAAAGAUCUCCCAAAUUGUUACCUUCGUGUGGGUCUUACGGAUGUGCGCUCCAUUGAUUGUUAUUACACGUGGACUAAUGGUUCAAUUUGGAGCAAAAUUGAUAGGACAAUGGUCAAUGAUAUUUGGACGCAAAAUGGGGCAUAUGUUGAUGCUAAUUUACUACCUUUCGGAUGCCUUUCCGACCACUCCCAUUACAUUGUUUCUAUACAUGACCGUGUAGGGGCGAAACAAUUUAUCCUUUGCAAGAAACUAAGCAAACUUAAGGGUGCUUUGAAGGAGCUUAAUUUUAAGCAUUUUGGGCACAUUUCGGCUAGGGCAAGUGAGGCUAAAAAUGAUUUGGAGGCUACCCAAUUGCAGCUACAUAAUCAUCCCAUGAAUGCACAUUUUCAGCUUUUGUUUGCGAAAUUGAGGAAGAAGGCCGUUGGUUUAUGUGAAGCGGAACGUAGUUUUUAUUACCAAAAGGCCAAGUGCGUCUUCCUUAAGCAUAGUGAUAAAUGCACAAAGUUCGUUCACUCGGUGGUUAAAAGGAACUCUAGAAGAAAUUUUAUUGCUACUAUACUCAAAGAAGACGGGAUAUACACUACAUCACAAGAUCAAGUUGCUACGGAAUUUGUCAAUUUCUAUAACUGUUUGCUGGGGGAAAAAUGCCCUACUCGGCCUAUUGAGAUGGAUAUUGUUACUAAUGGUCCUUUGGUUUCUUUGGAACAAGACAACACUUUGAUUCGGGACAUUUCUUAUGAGGAAAUUAAAGAUGCACUUUUUCAUAUUGGAGAUGACAAGUCUUCCAACCCGGAUGGUUAUACUUCUUGUUUUUUUAAGAAUGCUUGGGGGACUAUUGGUGAUGAUUUUGUUGGGCCUAUCAUGGAGUUCUUCUCUUUGGGUUCCAUCCUCAAACAAAUCAAUCACACGGCCAUUGCUUUGGUGCCUAAAUUGAAUCAUACCCCGCAUGUUGGUGAUUUUAGGCCCAUCUUGUGUUUUAAUGUUACUUACAAAGUGAUUGCUAAAAUCUUUGCUUCUAGAUUGAGACCCAUUUUGGGAGACAUUUUGAUCAUGCACAAGCCACUUUUGUGGAAGGCAGGAGUAUCACAAAGAACAUUCAUCUUGCCCAAGAACUCUUGA